AUGUUUUUGUGGCACUCAUUUUUCACUGAUCUUGUUUAUAAUUAUGCAACUAAUUAUUAUGGAUUAUUUCGAGAUCAUCCUGAAGCUGCUAAUAAUUUAAUUAAUUCUUCAUAUUUCAAAUCUGUUGUUCUUCUUGAUUCAAUUUUAAUACAGUUUACUCAAGAUGCAAAUGAAAAUAAACUUUUAUCAAAAAGAAUUAUAUCAGAAAUUAAAGGACAUCAUUUACAAUUAAUUAGAUAUUAUUUACUUGAUGAAUUAAUUUCAAAAUAUGGUUUUGAAGGAUUUUAUAUUUAUGAUAUGGAUUCAAUUAUUCAAAAAUUUUAUUAA